CUCCGCCUCCCCUUCGCGCGGAUGCAGGUUGGCUCGAUCUGCCCUUGGAGACGGUUGCUAGGGCCGUGACGUCACGCACCCCGGCGCCCGCCGAGUGCAGGGCGCAUGUCGGGGCGCCAGCACCACCUCUCGCGCAGAUGGCGUGUCGACGGCCAGAGAUCGGCCGCUGCAGCCUCCGAGUCAGGCCGAAGUGAGAGCAGAGCACCAAGAAAAGUCACAAACUAGGCAAAUUAUCUUGCGGCUCAACCACCGAAUUUCAGUUUUGAGCCUGAAAUCAUGCAGUGUUGGAGGGCAUUCGCCCGGCAGAGGAUGCUGUGGACGGCGGCACUGGUUGCAAUCUGUUUCUUCUCAUUGUCAGUCACGCCUACGGGUGCAAUAAAUUGCUUCACAUGCUCGUCGGUCAACGGAAGCGACAAAAACUGCAUGGACCCUUUCAACCCAGGAAUGUCUACGUAUAAGGAGAAGUGCAUGGUGCCCAAGCAGGGACACGUCGGCGUCUUUCCGGCCAAUUUUUGCAUCAAGAUCAGAGGCAUUAAUAUUGAAACGUCAAGCGUAAUGUACAUCCGAGCGUGUGCCAUGAAGACAAUGGACUCGCAGUGUGGCAACUUCAAGUACCAGGACCAAACCAUGACCGGCUGCAUACUGACUUGCGACUACGACGGCUGCAAUUCGGCCCCAAGGACUUUGACAGGGACGGCCAAUUUGGCCGUCGCGGCCGCCACGCUGGCAUUUGUGCUGCGGCGCUGAAAAGCGGGAAAAAGAGACCAACUGUGAGAACUGGGAACAAAAAGGGAAAUAAUAGAGAAACAUGGUGUACGCCGCAGGCUCAUUCAGAUUUGUUACCAUUCAGUCCGACGCGCGUGACUCGACAGCAGUGGCAAUUUCAUUGUUACAAAUUUUUAUGCAUUCUCUGCAAAAAAUAUAUACAUAUUGACCACCGUAUUUUCUCUCUUUAACCAUAAUGUAUUUGUUUAAAAAAAUAUCAAACUAGCUUUUAAUUUGUGCAAGAAUAAAUUAAUGUAAAUCAUCGCCAGUAUUAAAUUUUCUAGAAAGUAUCUAUUUUAAAAAUAUUAAUGACAUGUAUUCGGAAUUCUUUGAAAAUUAUUUAUGAUAAAAAAACAUGUAAUAAUCAUG